AUGCUUUUAAAUACUAGUGGGUUUGCAUCUGCCAUGAAAACCUUCUGGCAUGCUAUGACAUCCGAUGACCGACAUGCCACCUUAGAUGGCCCAUAUCGAGCCGCUUCCUCGUAUCCUGGCGUUGGUCGACAUCCUGAACUCUCUUCUGUAUCGUCGCGACUAGACGGUUCACAUUACCAUGACGAGCUCGGACACCCUGCCUCCAGAUCUUCAACCCACCUCGCAUCUUCAGAUGGAAACGACAUGUAUAGGGGCUCUAGCGGUGGGCCACUAAGUCCCGGUGCACCGUACUCCCCUGGUUCGAGAUCUAGCAUGGCCUCGAGAAAGGAUGGAUCGGCGAUAUCUGGAAUACCGCUACAAGAGUUCAAUGCCGACGGCUCGCCUCCACCACCACCGAUUUCCCACUCCUGGAUGAGAAUCGAUAGAUGGGCUGAAGAAAACUACCCGGAACUAUGGGACCAGCUUUGCGAAGGCUCCACGAUAAACGAUAUCAAUGAGUUAGAACACGAUUUAGAUUGCUCGUUACCAAUGGAAGUUAGAGAAUCCCUACAAAUCCACGAUGGACAGGAGAGAGGAGGUACCCCUACGGGAAUAAUAUUCGGCGCUAUGUUGUUGGAUUGCGAGGAGAUUUUAGAUGAGUGGAAACAAUGGCAAGUUGUUAGAGCAGAGUAUUUGCAGAAGCAGGCCCAGGCCCAGGCGGCAAGGCCACCACCACAAGCUGGACCAUCUAGUGGUCCAUCCAGCCCGCGUGGUGGUGCCCCUCCAAAUGGAAGCACGCUAAACAAGGCAGUUUUGAUGUCACGACAAGACUCGCAACCGGAAGGUGCGGUCCAGAAGGUUUACUGUCAUCCCGGAUGGAUCCCAUUGGUACGUGACUGGGGUGGUAAUAAUAUCGGUAUUGAUCUUGCACCUGGGCCGGCCGGAAAGUGGGGCCAAGUCAUCAUGUUCGGACGAGAUUAUGACUGCAAAUACGUUGUUGCAAAAUCUUGGGCAUCGUUCCUCGCCACCGUUGCCGACGAUCUAGAAGGUAGCAACUGGUAUGUCGACGAAGACAGCGGUGAGCUCAAGCUCCGCGAGCUGAAGACGACUAAGGUUGAGCCUGGGUAUUUCGAUAUCUUGAGGUUACGGACAGAUAAGAAGUAUGGCAGGAAAAUCCCACCACAUAUGAGAAGGCGGCCAGGUCCACCUCCCCACGUCGCGACAGGUAAUGGACCGGUUGGGCCACGCCCCGGGCCUGGAACAGCAUCUCCUGGUUCGCCUAUGAUCGGACUCUCACCAAUCAUUCGACCUGAUGGCUCCCGAGAGCCAAUGCCAUCGAAGUCGCUAUCCCCAAUCCAUGCGCCCAAGGCUGUCCGUCCAAUCGGUAGAGCCCUUGAAGAUAUGCCAACUUCGGCGAGUGGUUCCGGGCCAACGACGCCUACUAUCUUGACACCAGCGAGAACGAGUUUACAGUCAACUAGGAGUACAGAAACACCACCACCGCUGAUCAUUGAUAACAACACGACGAAGAAGAAAGAUGACGUUGAGGACUUGUCAGAUCUUAUCAGCACGCCAACAACGUCAAAGGCCGCUGAAUCGGAAAAGGGAGCCAGCCCCAAAGCAAAGGAAUCAACCAAAGAAGUCAGCGCUUUAGCGGAUGGGCUAGAGGAUGUUGACCUUGGGAAGGACAAAUAG